CGGAGUCUAAAGAAGCCACAGCUCCUCGGCAGGACCAGAGCCAGAUGCCGGUCUCCCGACUCGUCUCCCGACUCCCAGCGUGUGACUUCAGUCUUUGUCUCCUGCUUGAUGUCUGUGACUAGUUGAGCUGGUCGAGCAUGAGCUCCCGUACUUGUCUCCUGCAGGAUCUGUGUCUGCGCCUGCGCAGAACCUCCCUGCGAGGCUGCGGGGCGGAGGGACCUGCUUACACUGCCCGGGUCUUGCGGCACCGGUUGCCAUGGAGACGGCGUUGUUUAUUAGCGUAGCUGGAGUAGCAGACUCCAGUAGAGGUAGGGAGAUUCCCAGUCUGAACUUGACUAGUUAGUACUUGUUUGUGAUGCUAAGGUCUUUGGAAACUUCCAAUGGCCAAACUACUGCAAUCCCCACCCAAGUUCCUGCCAUCAGAGUGGCAAGUUGCUAACAAGAACCAGUAUCACAAAGCAGAGGCCCAAAGGUCCCGUUCUGAACGCCUGGUGGCAGAAAGUCAGAGGCUUGUGGAUGAAAUUGAAAAAAGUACCAAAAAAUCGCAAAGCGAUGUGAACAAGAAACUCGAACAGAGACUUGAGGAAGUCAGAUUCUGGAAGAAGGAGUUAGAUGACAAACUCGAGCAGCUUGUGAAUGAAACUGAGGACCUACUGUUGUAUCAGAUCAGAUUGUCAAAAGCAUUGGAGAGCUACAAAGAGCCCUUACACAUCACUCAGAAGUGUCUGGAAUACAGGGAGAAGCGAGUUGGCAUUGACUUGGUACAUGAUGAAGUUGAACAGGAACUGAAAAAGGAGGAUGAGAUCAUCAGGGGGGUGAUGGCCCUGCUGACCCGUACCCUGGAGGAGACGUCUGAGCAGAUCAGAGUCAUCAUCUUCUGCUUGUGA